CUCGAGAUAUCUGUUCCGCACAGCGCAGCGGCGCUGUCCCGCGCCAGAGGCGCUAACAGCUCUGCGCGCCGCCAAAGUUUUUGGAGCAGAGUCUGAUGGCAACCCUCCCGCUGAGUGCGAGCGUCAUGCAGGGCGACUUUCUCGAUGGUGUCGUGGAGUCGACCCUGCGUGGCGUGGUCAGCCAGCUCAAGGCGGAGUACCAGAAGGAACUCAAGAUGGCCCUGGCGGCCGCCAGCCAGGAGCCGGCUGGGGCCAGCGAGGCCUGCGCCGAGGGCGCCGACCUCGCCUCUCCGAGCGAGCUGGCGGUCCCCCUGAACACGCCCGUGACGCCGGUGGCCGAGCUCGGCGGUGCCCUCCGCGGCCUGGCCGGGGAGCCGCAGGCGGCGCCCGCCGCCGGCCCCCCCGCCGCGGCGGCCGCGGCGCGGGCGAGCGCCGUGGGCGCGCGCCUGCUCGUGGCCCCCGAGCGGGAGGCCUGGAGCGAGGGCGAGCGGCAGUCGCUGCGGGCCGGCAAGCGGUCGCAGCACUCGGCGGUGUGGCCCGACAAGCCCGCCCGCGCCAGCAAGUUCGCGGACAAGUGGCAGGGUAAGCUGACGGACCAGGACCAGGACGUCGUGAAGAGCCUCCGGGAGGAGGCGGUGGCGCGGGAGGAGGCCGUGCUCGCGAACAGGGUGCUCGCCUCCGGCUCGCGCGCGUCCACGGUGGAGCCGCCCCCCCUCACGGGCGCGCCCAGCCCCGUCAAGGACCUCUCGUACCGCAUCAUAUCGAGCUCGUCAUUCGACUUCUCCAUGGGCCUCAUCAUAAUGCUCAACGCCAUAACGAUCGGCGUAGAGACGUCCAUCGCGCGGGACGGGAGCGUGAUCCCCGUGGGCCUUCACGUCCUCGAGUACACGUUCCUCCUCAUCUACUGCGUGGAGCUGGCCACGCGACUCUACGUCAGCGGAAUGAUGGGGGCGCUAUCGAACAAUUGGGUAAAAUUUGACGCCGUGAUGGUGGUCACAGGUACCUUGAAUCUCUUUCUCACGCUGACCACUGUCGGUGGCGAUGCAGCGUCGAGUGUGGUGGACAAUGCCAACAUGUUGAAGAUGCUUCGCUUGUUUCGCCUUGCAAAGACCGUGAGGGUGUUCGUCCAGUUUCGCACCCUGUGGAUGCUCAUCCAGGGGCUCAUGUACGCUGUCCUCCCGAUGUUCUGGACGGCCAUCAUCAUGGGUGUUGUUAUCUACGUGUUCGCUAUCAUAGCAAUGGAGCUUAUAGUUCCCUCGAGUGCGGACGAUGAUCCCAGCAGAGUCGCGCGCAAGUAUGACACCAUCGGGGACGCCAUGAUGACGUUGCUUCAGUUCAUGACCCUGGACAGCAUAUCCUCAGUAUACAGACCUUUGGUCGAAACGAAGCCGUGGUUGAUGACCUAUUUUUUGAUCUUCAUCCUGAUUGGCCCAAUUGCCUGUAUGAACAUUGUUAUCCAGACCGCCAUCAUGGUCGAGUCCGCGCUGCGCACCGCCAACGAGGAUCAGGAGGCGAAGAAGGCAUGGGACGCCAUGAGGAGAAAGACCAUGAUGCCCAAGCUGAGAAGCAUGUUCAUGGCUAUGGACACCAGUGGUGACGGCGAGGUGGAGCUCGAGGAGGUCAUAAAUUCUCCGCCCGAGAUCAAGGAGGCAUUGCAGCACAUUGUCGGCCUUGAAGAACUCGAGGAGGUCUUCAGCCUAAUGGACUACGACGGGAGCGGCAGCAUAGACAUCGAAGAGUUCGUGGACGGGAUCAUGCGCUCGAACUCAGAUAAGCCGUCGGAACUCUUUGUGCUCGUGAAGCAGGGCAAGGUGAUCCUGGAAAGGCUAAAGUACUUGAAAAUGCAGGCAGGUGCGCCCAAUCUUCGCUUCGCGGCGGACGGCCAGGAGCCCGCCGAGACGAAUGCGGACGCCUGGAAUCGUCUGUGCACGAGCUGAUCUUGCAACGGACGGCACGCCAGCCGGGGGUGCUUUCUCUUCGAUCGAGGAACAAGAGGGAGGCGGCGUACACACGAGCGUUGUGGAGUUCCGGGCGGAUGUGUCGUUUUCUCCGGAUUCCUUUCCCCGCACUCCUGGGCAUCGCCUCUAGCUCCGCCCCCGGCGCCAUCCGCGCGCGGGAGAAUUGGUGCGGGGAUAUGGGGUCCAGCGCCGAUUCAAGAACCCCUCGCAAACCUCCGAAAGCGGAUGGUUAUGCAUUUUUUUAAAUUAUGUGAGGGCUCUUACCUGGCCCCUUCGAGGCCUUCGCCUUGUGAUUGCAGCCACGAGGGCGUUUUCGACCCGCUGCUGCGGGCAACGAUGUUGCUGGCUUCGGAGCCUUCGAAGUUGCCAGUGUAGUCACACGGGGAACGCUCGGUGGCCGCUUUCAUUUUUCCGCUCUCCAUAAUAUGCUCCGCAGGUGCUUCGGUCCAAAUGCGCUGCCGUACGCUUCCGCGAACGUUGUGUGGGAGGGGGACCG